CUAGCCGUUAAGGUGAGCAAUCCGUGCCACAAGGACAUUCGAGGCAGAAAAUUGUCGGCUGUUAUUUUCUUCGAUACAAGAACAAUGUAUCGACGUGUGGUUAGCGAGGUUUGCAAGACCUUACCUAGAUUCAACAAUGGAAAUGUUGGUGGAAUUGCUGGAGUGACCGUUAGUAGGCCAUACUCCAACGACUAUGCUGUUUUGGACGAACUGUCAUUCUCUGAAACUGUCGAUAAAUUUUUCGAUAAAGCAGCUGAUUUGGUCGAAGAUAAAUUAGCCGAUACCAUGAAGGGAAAACUAUCAUUGGAUGAAAAAAGAAGAAAAGUGAGGGGCAUAUUGAAAAUGAUCAAACCGUGUAACCAUAUGAUUGAAUUAACUUUCCCUAUCCGUCGUGACAACGGAGAGUUUGAAAUCAUUGAAGCAUGGCGAGCACAGCACAGUCAACAUCGAACACCGUGUAAAGGAGGUAUUCGUUACAGCCCUAUUGUGAAUGUAGAUGAAGUUCGUGCCCUUGCGUCGCUCAUGACAUACAAGUGUGCAGUAGUGGAUGUACCCUUUGGAGGGGCCAAGGCUGGAGUGAAGAUCAACCCAACAGAUUAUUCUGAACGAGAGCUGGAAAAAAUCACUCGUCGACUAGCAGUGGAACUAGCAAAGAAAGGAUUCAUAGGACCUGGUAUUGAUGUGCCUGCACCUGACAUGGGAACUGGAGAGAGGGAAAUGAGCUGGAUAGCUGAUACCUACGCCAACACAAUAGGAUACAACGACAUCAAUGCCCAUGCCUGCAUCACUGGUAAACCCAUCACACAAGGUGGCAUUCAUGGUCGUAUCUCAGCCACGGGAAGGGGAGUGUACCAUGGUAUCCAAAAUUUUGUUAAUGAGGCAAGCUACAUGAGUAUGAUUGGACUCACACCUGGCUUUGGGGAUAAAACCUACAUUGUACAGGGUUUAGGUAACGUGGGUCUACAUACAAUGAGAUAUCUCCACAGAGCCGGAGCCAAGUGUAUUGGUAUUAUAGAAAAGGAUGGCAGUAUCUAUAACAGGGAUGGCAUCAGUCCACGUGACAUGGAGGACUAUAAGAUCGAAAAUGGGACGAUAAUUGGAUUUCCAGGAGCCUCCGUGUAUGAAGGUAACUUGUUGUUGGAGAAGUGUGACAUCUUGGUACCAGCUGCCAGUGAGAAACAACUCACCAGUGAAAAUGCUCAUCAAAUUCAGGCUAAGAUAAUUGCUGAGGGUGCUAACGGUCCCACAACCAUGGGAGCAGACAGGAUCUUCUUGGAGAGAAAUGUCCUUGUUAUCCCAGAUCUAUACAUCAAUGCUGGAGGUGUAACUGUUUCCUAUUUUGAGUGGCUCAAAAAUCUGAACCAUGUCAGCUACGGACGACUCACCUUUAAGUAUGAGAAAGAUUCAAAUUACUUCCUUCUCCAAAGUGUCCAAAACUCUCUGGAAAGGAAAUUUGGCAAAGUUGGAGGAUCAAUUCCCAUUAAUGCUUCUGAGGAUUUUGAGAAGAGAAUUCAUGGUGCUUCUGAAAAGGAUAUUGUACACUCUGGGUUAGAAUACACAAUGGAAAGAUCGGCAAGGAACAUUAUGAGGACAGCUAUGAAGUACAACCUCGGCCUGGAUCUGAGAACAGCUGCAUUCAUCACAGCCAUUGAGAAAAUCUUCAAAGUGUAUGAAGAGGCUGGCCUCACUUUCACGUAGACCUACUGUGGGACUUUGAUAUAUCCUGUGAUAUAUGGCGAUACAAUAACAGGACUAAGAAAUAGCAGUGUUAGUAGAGCACUUUUAAUGUAGUUGUUUACUGUCAGAAAAUCAGAACGUUUUAAUCGCAGGAAAGUUAAAUGAACAAUAGUUAGUAUAUUUUAUCAAAUCAAUGGUUUAUUUAUUAAUCCCAUCUGGAUUCUCGCAGAAAUCAAGUAUAGAUCCUGGGAUUGACUCAAAAGAUCUGUAAUUCUGUUCUGUCUCAAAUUGAACUCCAUGAACAUCCCUUUUGGGAAAAAUACAGGCUUAAUUAACAUGGUUAUCUUUCAAAAUAUUUGGGUUGAAAAUUGGAUCCCUGCAGAAUUUCCCUUUAAAAGAUUCAAAAGUCGGCAAGUACAUACUCGAUUAUCAAAUAUGUUAUUGAAUUAAAAGCACAAUUCAUCUUAUUAUAAUCAUUGCUAGAGUAAAAAUCUGUCUAAAACACUGAGAAGUUUAAUGCUGUACAGAAAAUCUUCAGGUUAUCUUCUCCAAAAGCCAGGGAAUUUGAGUCACAUUAGAGUGGGAGAUUACAUGUAUGUAUGGAAAUAUAUCUUAAAUUUAGAUCUGUAGAAAGUACUGUUACAUGCAAUAUGUUGUCUCUGUAUGUUUUGUAUGAUACAUGUAUAUAUUUGAUAUGUAGUAAAGUGUUAAACCUUGAUAUUAGCAUUAUAUAUGGGUAUUUUGGAUUGAGAAAAUGCAUGGUUUAAAUUUGUGGUGAGUAUACAGCAGCGCCUUGUAUUGCCAGAAAACUGCCAGACUCCCCAUUCAGGAAACUGUUCUGAUGCAUAUAUUUGUGUUGGUUUGUUGUCCAACUGUUAAAAAGGGUCCAGUGUAAACGUAUGUAUAAAAGUAGGGUGAAGAUGUGUAAACUUGUUUGAUAAAAGUGUAUCUGAAGUAAUGUAUACUGAACAUCAGUCAAACAAAAGUUCUGGAAUGUCCUGAUGUAUUUAAUUAAAAAUAAGAUCACCAGGCCAGUUUGAAAAAAACACACCAUUCACAAACUUCAUUUCCUGCAGUCUUUUUCUACCAGAUUUCUAUACUGUCUACUUCAUUCCAUUACAUGUGGACCUGUGCUGGUACUUGUCGGGAAGUAAUCCCUAUUUGUCAUAUUGUCCAACUGAUAUCAUUGCUAGAGAUUCUGAGUUUGAAGUGUAACUUGCUGAUUUAGUGCUGUUUUCCUCUAUAACUUAUAUCUUGCACACCUGUUGAUUUAUGUUUUUACACCAUUUUAAGUUUUUCAUAUUUUUCUACUCCACAACUUUGUAAUCUGCAGUGUUUAUUUUGUGUCAACAUCACAAAUAGAACACACAUUAACUCUUUGCAUUUAUCUGUACGUUUUUUUCUUUUACACUAAUAAAUAAUGCUGUUAAUGAAUUGUUUGGCAUUUGUCAAUAUUCAUCAGAUAAUAAAGAUUGAGAACAUGGGAAUUAUAUAUCUGUUCCAUACAAUCGAAGUGGUAGCAUUUGUUGUUUCAAUAUCUAUGAAUAUGAAAAAUAAACGUUUCUUUGAAA